AUGGCACACCAGCAGUCGGAAAAUGUCCUACGGAGGAAACUAGUGAUUAUCGGAGACGGCGCAUGCGGCAAGACCAGUCUCCUAAGCGUGUUCACAUUAGGCUAUUUCCCAACUCAUUACGUUCCUACCGUCUUUGAAAACUAUGUCACAGAUUGUCGGGUUGACGGCCGAUCAGUGCAGCUGGCGCUAUGGGAUACUGCUGGUCAAGAAGAUUAUGAAAGAUUACGCCCUCUCGCAUACUCCAAAGCCCACGUUCUCUUAAUCGCAUUUUCUGUUGAUACCCCUGACUCCUUGGAAAAUGUGAAACACAAGUGGAUCGAGGAAGCCAAUGAACGUUGCCCCAAUGUCCCCAUUAUUCUGGUCGGCUUAAAGAAAGACCUCCGUGAGGAUCCGCUCGCAAUUGAAGAGAUGAGAAGAAGAUCCAUGAGGUUUGUUUCAUCAAAGGAUGGUAGCGAAACAGCCACGCAAAUCGGUGCUCGAAAAUAUCUUGAGUGCUCGUCCCUGACUGGAGAAGGCGUUGACGAUGUGUUUGAAGCUGCCACCCGCGCUGCCCUUUUGACGUUUGACGAGGACAACAGAGGAUCUUGCUGUGUGAUCUUAUAA